AUGAUUGCUGAGAACCUCACUUCAAUCACAGAAUUCAUCUUGGUGGGAUUCUCCAGUCAACGAAAGACUCAGCUUCUACUCUUUGUAGUGCUCCUUCUCAUCUACUUACUUACCAUUAUGGGAAACAUGGUGGUCAUCCUGCUGGUACAGUUUGACUCCUGCCUCCAAACCCCCAUGUACUACUUCCUGAUGCACCUCUCAGGCCUAGAGAUCUGCUACGUCACCAGCACAGAGCCCCAAAUGCUGGCUCACCUCUUGGCUGGGAAUGGAGUCAUCUCCUACAGCCGCUGUGCUGCCCAGUUGUUUGGCUACUUGUCUUUUGGUGCUGCUGAGUGCCUUCUGCUGGCCAUCAUGGCCUAUGAUCGUUACCUGGCCAUUUGCCAACCUUUGCUGUAUCCAAUUGCCAUGGACAGGUGGCAUCAGAUGCAACUUGCAUCCAGUUGCUGGGCAGCAGGCUUCAUUUUUGGUGCAAUAUAUGUGGGGUGCACGUUUUGCCAUGCGUACUGUGGUCCCAACUGUAUCGACCACUUCCUGUGUGAGAUGCCGUUAGUUUUGAAACUCGCCUGUGAUGACACCCACAUCACUCAGACAAUUGUUUUAGUGCUGGCUGGGUUUGGCAUCCUGAUUGCUGUUAUUGUUGUUCUGACCUCCUAUGUCGUCAUUGUCCUCUCUGUGCUGAAAAUGCGGUCAGUCACUGGAUUGCGCAAAGCCUUCUCCACGUGUGCUUCCCACCUCAUUGUAGUUACAGUGUUCUAUGGAAUUGUCAUUUUUACAUAUGUGGUUCCCCGAUCAGAGACUUCCUCAGACCGUGACAAAAACAUUGCCUUAUUUUAUGUGGUGGUCACCCCUUUCCUCAAUCCUAUCAUUUACACCCUCAGGAACAAAGAUGUCCAUGAGGCUGUGGCCAAAGUGCUGCGAAGAGGUGGGUUUGAACCAAAAUGA